GGUCAAGUUGAUAUUGAAUGGAAAUUUGCUCGAUCCAAAUUAUGGAUUAGUUAUUUUGGUGAAGGUUGUACUGUACCCGUACCAUUUAAUAUUAUACCUACACCAAAAACAUUUAUGUAUAUGUUAAAUUCAAUGAAAAAUUUCUUUUUAAAUUGUUCUAAAAAGAAAAAAUUACAUCAUAAUCAUUGGGAAACAAUACGA